CAACAAUGGGCAGUUUCCAUUAACCAAAGUUUGCUGUAAUUUAAUACAAAGUAUCAGGACCAUAAAACAACCAAACAGAACAUUUCAUCACACAAAGGUUUUUAGAAGUUCCGCUCAGCCAUCUGAAGAGAAAGUAGGAACUUUCACAAAGAUAAUAGAAGCAAUGGGAUUUACAGGGCCACUAAAAUAUAAAAAAUGGAAAAUUAGAAUAGCAGCACUACGCAUGUAUACAUGUUGCGUGGACAAAAUAGACUAUGAAGAAUUCUUUAACAAAUUACAGAUCCCUGACACUUUCAACUCUUGGUUUUUAAUAGCACAGCUUCAUGUCUGGAUGUGCUUAGUACGAAUGAAACAAGAGGGCCGAGCAGGAAAAUACAUGUGUUACUAUAUAGUAUAUGCUAUGUGGGAAGAUGCUGAGCAACGUGGGAAGGUUAUGGGAGUUAAUUCUCUUAUCCUAAGAAGAAGUCUGAGAACCUUGACGGAAGUUUUCUAUGCAUCUAUUUUUGGAUAUGAUGAGGGAAUACUCUCAGAUGAUCAUGUACUUGCAGCAGCUAUCUGGAGAAAUCUGUUUGAAACACAUUGCAAGGAUCCUAGGCAGCUGGCAAUGAUGGUAGAAUAUGUGCGCAAACAGGUGCAGCAUCUGGAUGCUAUGUCAGGAGAAGACCUGCUGCUGUCUGGGGAAGUGAGUUGGCGCCCCCUAGUGGAACCUAAUCCACAAAGCAUUGUAAAGCCUGUUUCUCCAGUAUAUAACGACGAAGGACUUUGAAUCCUGUCAACCAACUUGAAAAUGUUUGCUGUGUAUAUUACCUUUAUACUUGGAACAAUUUCUAGAAGCAGAAACUGGGAAUUGUUAGGAAAAAGCAUAAUAAAUGCAGUAUUGCUAUGUUAAAAAGAGUUUGUUCAUUUGUAAUUAUACAUUCUAAUAAAUCUAAAUACCAUGGUGUUUUUAGUAAUGUAUAUAUAUAUAGUAGCUACUAUUUAUUUGUGGAGUCUUUUACAGUUAUAUUAUCCCUAGGUCCUGGCACCUCAGAAAUUUAUCUUUUUGUGGGGAAAAUAGCCUAUCAACAUGAAGAGCAAAAUGUUUUCCUCAGCGAAGACAAGGAUCAGUUGCCCAAAUACUAUGAUCCUCGAAGCCUGAAAAAGAUGCAAAAUUUGUACAAUAUUUUUGUAUAAAUACAAAAAUAGGCAAAUAUUAUCUUGGGAAUUGCAAGUAUUGAAAUAAAGUUUCUUAAAGAUUUGCUUGUAAUUUCCCAUCUCACUUCAUAUUCAAUGUAAUAUAUAGAAUGGGGAACAUUUUCUUACUUUGCAAUUUAAGAAUAGAACAUUUUAAUGAUCUUAUAGAAAUCAUAACUUUCACAACCAAUCUGGAGGUAAUUAAAAGAGCAUUUAUAAAUGGCUUGCAUGUUUUUUAGAAAUGCAAAUAAAAUCAGCUUAGUUUGAUCUGAUGUCGGGGAAGUGGAAUCUAUAUCUUUCCUCCCCCUUCUGAUUUUGAAGAAAACUCAUUUGCCGAAGCUAGUAUUUGCUUUGAAAGAGUAAUCCGUAUUGAAAUUUCACCUACUGAUAUCUUCAAAGGAUGAUUGUUCUAGGACUUGUAGGAGGAGAAGAAAAGGCCAAAUUAAUUUAGCCCCAGUAAUGAUCAGAUUUUUCUUCUAGCGAAUGUGAUUUGCAUUUUUACAAAACCUGUACGUUCAAUGCAACUCUAAUUUUAUCACCUACUUUGGUCCUAUUUUACCAUGGCUAGAAAUUCUAGUAUCAAGGUCCAUUGUUUGAUAUUAUUAAGAUAACUCAAAGGCUUUUUUUUCUGAUUUUCUUAGAAAUUAUCCUGAAUUGUUCAUAUAAAGCAAGUUGACACAUUAUUCCUUUUUAGAAGAGAAUUUUGUGUUUUUUUAUUAUUGUCAUGGGCAGCCCUAAAUAUCCUCCUGUUUUGCCUUUUGGGUUUUGUUUUGCUUUAAUUGAAAAGUUGUGAGAGAUAUAUUCUCCACAAAUUUAGAGUCUGGCUCCACUAAAUGUACUAAAAUAUAGUUGUCUGUUUUACAUUUUAAGCAGUGCUUCAUUCCAGAAGUUUUAUAGCUUGAUGUAUAUAUGCAUUACAAUUGUGUGUUAUGUGAUCAAGGUUCUGCCAAUGCUCUUCUGCUCUUAUAUAUUCUCCAAAAGCUCUUGAGCUGCUAUCAUACUUUUCUACAAGAAUUGUGGGGCAAGACUUUUGAAAAUGACCAAUUCUUUUCAGAAGUUUAAGGAGUUCAAAUAACACAAUGCUGUUACUGGGUUAUUGCAUAUAUUUUGCUCUGGAUGAUCAUGUAAAAAGCCAAUACAGAAGAUGCUUUAUUUGAGAGAAAAAAAUUAAUGGAAAUUUUACCAAAGAGCCAAUAUCUUUAACUCAAUUCAAAUGCAUAAUCUGUUCCUACAACAUGUAUUAUUGGAACUAAUGUAUCUGUUAAUGAAGGUGACCAAUUAUAUUAACCAUUUGAAUGGAAAGGAAGAUACAUCCAUUUGCAAAACUGUCUAUGCUGAAUGGGGCAAAUAUGCAAUUCUAGAUGCUCUAUUAUUGUAUUGGUCAAUUUCCUUUGUCCAAAAACUAAACCCGCUAAAUGCAAUCCCAAUCAUUUUAAUUAUUUUUUUCUAAAUAAAGCUUACUCAGCUAAAUCUAUAAUAAAAUGAUGUGCUACUUUUGUAAAAACAUUUCAAAUCAAGCACUUUUUCCUCAGUUUAUUUAAGAUGCCUUUGUCACAAGUUGUGCUAUACAGAUUAGAUAUGAAAUAAUAUGCAGAGUAUAUGUGAGAGUAAUACCUUGCAACUUAUUAUGGCUGCAUUAUAUUUAUAAAACAAGGCUUAGCUGUGGAAGAAUCAGCUGAUUAAUUUUUUUAAUAUAACUGAAGAACCAAAAUAAAUUUACUGUGUCUCUUGUUGCUCUGUGAAUUCACAGAAAAAAAUGAACAAAUUGAAUACAUUAAUUCUUAAUGUGCAUAUUAAUUAAAACAUUUCCCUUUCUGUGUUCAGAGUUGACUUCUUUAGCAGGUGCUGGUUAACACUGAAGUGGCUUGAGAAGCACUAAUCUUGGAAUAAUGUAUUGUUGGAACAGUUGUACUAAUUUAAAGUGUUGCACUAGGACAUAGAAAAUUCAAAUUCAAGUCCACUAUCAUGGAAACUCAGUGGGUGACUUUGGGCCAGGAACUCUCUCUUACCUUAGUCUAUUACACAGAAUUGAAGUGGGGAAAAUUUGGAAAAGGAGUUUAUGCAGCCUUGAACUCUUGGACAAAAGGUAUGAUAGAAGUUUAGCCAAAAAAUAGCUAUGCACGAGUGAAUUUAGCGUGCACACACAAAAUUUUUGCGUGCACCGAACCAGCGGUAAUGCUGGAAGCAACCCACCCCUGAUUUAAUCGUGUCCAAUUCUGAGUCCUUGCCGUUUUCUUGGCAAGGUUUUUCAGAAGUGGUUUGCCAUUGCCUCUUUCCUAGAGAAAGUAACUGGCCCAAGCCCACCCAGCUACCUUUGUCCCUAAGGCAGGACUAGAAUUACCAUGCUCCCUAUUUCCAGCCUGAUGCCAUACCCACUUUAUCAAACUGACUCUGAUAAAUUAGGAGAACUAAUUAGAUUUAUGAUAUUAGUCAAUAUUCUCUUAAUAGUUCAAGGGAACAUUAUCUCCAAGUUUUCUAUACCACUAUAUGAGGUAGGCUGGGCUGAGAGGAAGAGAACAGCUCUAAGUAUCCCAAGAAGGUUUUAUGACAGGGUGGACUUGAACUUUGAACCUCCAGGUCCAUAACUAAUAUUUGGCCCAUUUGUAUCUUUGAUUUCCUUAAGCAGGCAGUGUAUAUUGUCUGGACUUGUAUAUUGCCUGCAGCUAAUCAAAACUAGUGCACUUCACUAGAUGUGUGCAGUAUUAGCUUAUAUACCUAUUUCUGGUUGAGUAAUUUAAGAAAAUUUAGCAUACGUAUAAGAUUCUUAUAAACACGAAAAAAGCUAAACAAGCACACUUUUAUAGGCAACACUGAAAGAUAAUGUAGAUACACUUGUUUAUUAUUUGCACACAACAAAGCACUGGGAAGUAACUAGCUAACUCUUAAUUUAGUCAACUAUGGUUAAAUAAUCAUAGCUUUGAGUGAUAUGUGAGCCUAGUCUAAUACUAAUCCUGAGUUGAGGGGAGGAAUGGAAUGGCUAACUAGCCUUGAAUUACUGAUGGGGAGGAAGUGGCUGAAAGGUGAUCUGCCCUAAGGCUUUUCAGUGUUUAGUAGUUUCUGUAGUGAAUGCAUUUGUCUGGCAAGAUUCCUGUCAGAGGGCGAGUAGCAAUAAAUGUACCACUCUGAUUAA